GCCAAGCCGGGCACACCAGUCAGUAGGGAGCGGAAGUGAGCAGGAGCAAGUGCAGGUCGCAGCGUGAAAGGUGCUCAAGAGCGUGUCGCCGUUUUCAGAGUUGGUCGUGUCUUCAAGAUUUUAAACUGCCCAGUCGUUCAGAGAUACAUCACUUGCGUCAAUCAUGUCGAGCAUGCCGAAGGAUACGUGCACCGAGUGCAGGCAGACGAAACGGUCCUCGGAAGUGACCACGUACGACAUGUGCAACAAGCACCGGCUCUGCAAGGAGUGUGUGUUGAAGCAGCCGAGUGUGCGCACCCGGGCGACCGCAGUGCAGUGCCCCGUCUGUGAACUGUCCCGGAGACGCCUGGCUGUCACGGUCCGCGCCGAUCUCGCGAGAGAAGAGCGCUCCAAGGUGCAGUGCAAGGUGUGCGACAGGUACGGGCCUGGCACGCUCAUGAGUUGCGGCCACGGCUACUGUCCGACCUGCGUCCGGACGCUGCCCAAGUCCGCGCUCAGCCGCAACCUGGACGGCACGAUCAAGCGCGGCUGCCCGGACUGCGAGAAGAAAGCUGCGCAGGAGUUCCGCGAGGAGGCCCGCUCAGCCAUGCAGCACGCCGAGAGCUGCGCGAUGCUCGAGCGGGACGCCCGCGAGCACCGCGAGCGCAUGGAGGACAUCGCCCUGCUCCGCGCCACCAAGCCCCGCAAGCGCCAGGCGCCCAAGGCCCCCGAGGCUCGCCCGCUGACUGUCCCGAAGGGGCCCGACUUCGCAUGCACGGCGCCCAAGCCCAAGCCGUCGAUGAAGGCCGCCUCCGCACCCCAUCUGGCCGCCAAGCCCUCUGGCAAGAAGGCGCACGCGUCCGGCGCCACCGUGGACCGCAAGGUGUCCUUCAACCCCAUGGUGGAGCACAAGAUCAUCACGCCCCUGCAGCGGAACAAGCGCCUCUCUCUACCCGCUGCUGCCGGAGCUGGGCCCUCGUCCGCGACCGCGAGACGGCUGCGCAGCGAUCAUCACAGCGAUCUGUCUGAUUGUGAACCAAUGUCCCCUGUGGAGAAGCUUCGUACCUUCAGCCGCCACUGGGGCGUCAACUCACCCUGAGCCAAGGGGUUUUAUGAUAUGAACACUGUAUAGGACCUGAAACGACUCCGAACCUUUUUAAUUUAUACUUUAAAGAACUUAUUUUAUCUAUCGAACUUAAACUAGUUAUACUUCCAGAUGAACUAAUCAU